ACCGCAUGCUACGGAAGAGAGGCGGAGUACAAGUACAAUUUUAAGUGGUUACAUUUUGAGAGGUGGAAACAACCCCAAAAAUAUAUGAUGUAGGGUUUUAAUGUUAUUCGUUUCCCAGAGUUCAAAGUUAACCGGGAGAAUAAAAUGUGUUUUUUCAUAUGAUCCAACAAAACAUUGCUUUAGGUUUUUAUGGUUUGCUGAACAUAGUUAAAAUAGUUUUUUGUAAGGUUAUUGAAAAAAUACCACCAUCUGCUACGAUCAAACACUGGAUGUCGAUCAACAAUAUUUACUUUAGUUUCUUUUACCAACCAACAGCAACAACCCAUCAUUUAAAUAUAUGUUAAUGAAACACAAUGGGUCAUGUGGAAAAUGCAGCUUUUCCACAUGGUUCUUGAACGCUGUCACCACAGAAGACCGAAAAAGAAACUACAAUAAAAAACAGACACUCGGCAUUCGUGUCAUUUGUGGAACCUGGCGUUCUCCAGCAAACAGUCACACAGUGGAGGGUUCUGAUCACACGACACACUGGUUUUCUAAUUAGUUCGCUCUAACCCUUCUGCCUGGAGUGCAAUGAGGGUGGUUUACCUUGAUGCCAUCGUACAUGAAGCCACACCCAUAACGACUACAGCAGCUACACAAAUAUGUGUUAUUAUAUUUCAUUAACCCAAGGCAAACUAAUGAAUGAACCUUUGAAUUCCUUCUAAAGGCCCGAUCUUUUCCUCAAACCUCUGAGCUCCAACAGGAGGAAAGAGAUCGUUCCUCGGGGACUAUUUACCUCUGUGGAUGAACACACACUCCGUGCCGUGUUGCCCUGCGCGGGGUGAAGAUAGAAGAAGCAGUCAAACUUGAUCCUGCAUUCAAGAGGAGGGGGGUUAAUAGCUUCUCACCCCGCCUUCACACAUCGACUCAUCGCUCCUCUGACACCACGCGUCUCCUCCGCUGAUCUCAGGAGAAGAUGCAGUGUGCGCUAGCUCGUCUCCUAUUGGCCGUCCUCUUGGCGGAGACCUCGUUGUCCCUCUCGGCUUCAGCGGGGAGGACGCCGGCCUCUUCAUGCCCAGCCGGGUGGCUCCCCUUCGGGCCCAGGUGCCUCGCUUUCUACCCCGUGUGGAGCUCCUGGACCGACGCCGAAGCUGUGUGCGCUCAGAAAGGAGGUCACCUGGCUUCUCUCUACACACCAGAGGAGAUGCAGUUUGUCCGUCAGCUGGCAAACACUGACCUCACGGUGUGGCUGGGUGGACGCCGCGCACAGCGGAAUGGCUCCUGGUUUUGGAGCGACGACUCAGAGUUCAAGAUCCGUGGCUGGACCAAUCAGAGGCUGGGCGAGGGCGGGGCUUGCUUAACAAUUAAAACAAAAAGUGGAGAGCUGGAGAGCGCCCCCUGUGGUGAGCUCAGGUUCUACAUCUGCUCCAGUGGAGCCAGGUACGCUCACAGCAAGUCUAUCGUCGCCCCCGGCAACAGGAAAUCAUUGCAGCCAGGCAUCGUGCCCACGCAGAGUCUCUUCCAGGUGUUGUGGAGUUCCAGCGACUCGUUGGUGGAGGUGAUCCUCCGCUCCUCCACCUUCCUCGAGGAGCUGCGGUCCGGCCGGCUUACACAGAGCUGCUACGAUCGCUUCGUCCAGCAGGAGGCGCUCUACCUGCAGCGAGUCAGCGGCAUGCUGGAGGUUCUGAUUGGUCGUUUCCCGGAAGGGGACGAGGCGACGUGGCUUCUGCGGGACACCUUCAAACAGUAUCGCAGCGGCAACCAGAGCCGCCUCCCUCUCCCCCCCCCUCCGUGGCUGAGGUCCUCCCUGGCGUCCUUCCACGCCGUGGCCCUGGAGGAGCCCGUCUACUGGCUCGUGGCCCUGUCGGCCCGGGCCGGCCUCCGUCACCUCGUGGCCGGCGAGCUGCUCUCCUCCGGCGGGGCGGAGGCCGGCGGCCGCCUCCUCCAGGAGUGGAUCGGCGACGCGAAGGCGGACAUCGCCUGGACACGCAGGUACAGGAAGCUGGUAGAAGAGCGACAGAAUCACAUGGAGGUGUUCCAAGCCAUCAACAUCUUCAGAGAUCACAUGAUCAACCAGAAGAGCCUCCACAAGGCCGUAGCCUGUGAUGAAGAGGAGGAGCGGAGCAGAUGAAGAAGAUUAAAGCACUGGACCGAAGGAAUGAUCAUCUAGUGCACAGAAUUCACGAAAUAGUGAAUUCAAGAGCUGAUUACAAAUAAAGUGUGUGUUGAAAACGUGCUGUUG